UCAGGACCUUCUUUCUUACGUUAGUUUUCGACAAGGAUGGCACAAAUUGGGUCAAGGAAGACAAGAAGGUCGGCCUUGACUUGCGGCUGUUUCAAGGCUAUGGUGUCAAGGCUUUCUCCAUGAAAGCGUUUGACGCGCGUGGGGAUGGCACCGAGCUUCGCAUGCUGACUGCGGAACAGUUCCUCUGUAGAACGAACGGCUACCGCGUCACUGGCUGCCUUCCUGUUGUUGAAAGCUCCUUGGAGCUCACCAAACCCUUGGUGAAAUUCAGCAGCCCGGCGGACCAAUUGCCUGGCGUUGUUAAGGAGUACAGGGAAGCCUUCUCGAGGCUGCCUCUGGACCAGCAAGCCGACUGCGUUUUCGUGCCCUUUGUCACGAGCUCGAGGAAAUUGCGACAGACGCCAUCCGCGCUGGUUGGGAAGAGGAAACAGUUGGCUGCUUGUCCAGCUCCGCCUUUGCCAGCCGCGUCGCCCUCGCCCUUGCCCACGGCGAGGGGAGGUUACGAUAUCGCUCAAUGUUCCAGCGAGGCUACGGAGUAUGAUGACAGAAAUGUGUACGGACGCAAUGCUCCGCGUGACAGUGCCCAGAAAGCUGCGACUGCCCUCACUGAGCGAAACGAGGAGGAAGAAGAUGGGGGAAGCUGCGGUCCACGUGAAGACGACGGUGAUGACGAGUAUAUGGACGUUGGGGAUGAGAACAUGCAGGACCAAAACGUGCUUGGCGAUGACGACGUCGGUGUCAAGUCGGAGCAUGGCCCUGGCGACAUCCCCACCGGUUUUGUGGGAGCGGUUGUUGGUCGGCCCUUGUCGUCCCCUGCGAUAUGGCAUUCGCAAGGCGGGAGUCAGGGUGGGCAUGACUCGCAGGAGCACGGAGGAUCAAAGUCGAGGAAAAGGACAAGAGAAACUUCUCCUUCUGCUUCCGCUCACAAGAGACAAGCGAGGACUGACGCUGUUAAUGAGGCUCGUGGAACUCUGGUGGCAUCCAAGGAGGCGAGACCUCUUUGGAAGAGCAGCCAGGGGGGAAGAUCUGGCGGUCGUGGCGGCGGCCGUGGUGGCGCAAGAAAAGGCAUCGUGAAUGCCAUCGAGAGUUCCAUCACCAUGGAACCGGGGGCGUGGGAUAGGCCUGAGCUCGUGCUUGCGCCGGUUGACCGCAACGACAUCGUUGGCGGGCAGGGUAAGCGGAAUACACCGACCGAAUUCUUCGACAGAGACUCCUCGGAGUUCGAUUGGUAUGCUGUCUGUGGUCAGCAUACGGUCGAGGCCAUGAAGACAUUGGUGCGGGUCGUCUAUUUUGGAGAUGAGCAGACGCGAGGGUAUUUCAAUGUCUCCGCCUUCGACAACACGCGCGAAAAUCGGGCCAUGAUGUUGUCCUUCGAGGAUGUUGUCCAUGAUAUGAGGCAAUGGUGGAUCGAUAACUAUCGAAUCGAGGCCUCGAAAGGCAAGGUCCGCCUUAAGGAUGCGGUCGUCGUUGCGCACCAAAAGAAGUGGCAGAAUUUCUUAAGGGCCUCCAUGGGGAAGGCAUGCGACAAGGCGUUUGUAAAGCAAGCGCUCGAGAAUGAGUACAUUAAGGAUUGGAGCAAUAAAAUUCGUGGCUACAUGAACCUCGCCACAUCCACCGAGGCGGUGUGGCCACUGGUCGAGAAGUUCUUCGAGAUGUUCAAUGAGGGGAAGCUGCCAGUUGGCGAUGGUAAAAUACCGCUUGACAUGCCGGGUAGGAUGGAGGGGCGCACAUAAUAUUAUACCAUUGCAUAUACGUGAG